AUGCAAACUGGGCUUGAGGUUUGCGCUUCAAUGCAUCCCGUACUCUUAAGACACCCCCCUGCUGCUGAUGCAGCUCAGGGAAGCUUCAACUCUGGUUUUGGCUGCCGAAGGGACACAGCAGCAGCAGCAGCAGCAGCAGAAGCCGCAGCAGCAACAGAAGCAGCAGCAGCAGCAAAUUCAACAACAGAUGCUGCAGAAGCAGGACUACCGCCACCACCAGCAGCAGGAACAGCACAAGAAGCAAUCGCAAAGCUAGCAGCAGCUCUAACAGCAGCAAAACCUACACCCUCCCAAGCCCCAGGAGCAGCAGCAGCAGCAACAGCAGCAGCAGCAACAACAGCAGCAGCAGCGUCAUCUUCUGCUGCUAAAGAGGCGGCAAAGGCGGUGGCAUCGCUGCUGCAGCAGAGACGCAGCGAAAGCAACUACACUUCUUCCAGUGUACACACCUGCAGCAGCAGCAGCAGCAGCAGCAGCAGCAACAGCAGCAGCAGCAAUAGCAGCAGCAAUAGCAGCAACAGCAGCAGCAACAGCAGCAGCGGCAAUGGUCCACCGACAGUCCCAACAUCAUCUUCACCGCAGCAGCAGCGUGAUGCAGCAGCAGCAGCGGCAGCAGGAGGAGCAGUAGCAUCACCAGCAGCAGCAGCAGCAGCAGCAGCAGCAGCAGAAGAUGCUGACCCACUAGGCGAAGAAGCAGCAGCAGCAACACGCAAAGAAGGACCCCUUGUUGUUAUUGUCACAGGCAUGGCGGGCAGCGGCAAAUCCACGUUGGUGAAGGCAAUGAACGACAGCAGCAGCAGCAGCAGCAGCAGCAGCAGCAGCAGCAGCAGCAGCAGUAGCAGCAGCAGUGGAGAGGGAAGGGGAAGUGGUGGGGAGAACAGCAGCAGCAGCAGCAACAGCAGCAACAACAGCAACAACAGCAACAACGUCAACAACAACAGCAGCAGCAGCAGCAACAGCAAGGACAUCAACAGCAGCAGCAGCAGCAACAGCAGCAGCAACAGCAGCAGCACGAAGCCUGAUGUUGUGUUUAUAGAUACCCCUGGACAAAUAGAGGAAGCGCUUUUAAAAGAUGAAAGGUAUUUAGGAAGUCUAGGUCGGUCUACUGCGUUGGCUUUGUGUGAAUUCUAUGAAAAAAUACAAACAAUGUCUGUUUCUGCGGUGUCUAUGCAGGGUCUGGAUAGGUUGUGGGGUUGUUUAAAGAAGCUGCGACGAGAAUACGAAGACAACUUCAUCCCCUAUUUGCUGCAGCAGCGCGAGAAGGCUAAGAAGAAGAAGCUGCAGAAGCAGCAGCAGCAGCUCUCGCGCUUCCUUGCAGACAGCCGCAGCAGCAAAAACAACAGCAGCAGCAAAAGCAACAGCAGCAGCAGCAGCAGCAGCAGCAGUAGAGGCCGUGAUGUAGAGAAGAGACUCCCUGGGGGAGACGAAAGUUCGAGUAAAAACCUUUAG